AUGGAGUCAAGCAUUUGUGCUGAGGAGGCAACCAAGUGGAGACAGUGUAUAGAGCAACACCUGGGGGAUCUCAAUCUGGAACGGAGGUGUAGCGAUGAGCUUGCAUUGUUUGACCACUGCAUCGCCUCAUGGCGCCUCAACGGUGCGAAGGACGUGAAAAUAAAGGGCGAAAAUGAGGGCGAACCGGCCCCACAAUGUGCUGCUCUAUCUUGUCUUAUUGGAACUUGCCUUCGAAAAACCAACUACGACUUUUCUAGAUGCAGCGUUCCUAUGCAGUAUUUUAAGCACUGCGUAAAGAGUUUUUACGGCUCGGAGUACAUUGUGUAG